UGGACCCUGGACAUGAUGCUGUUUUCUACCUUCAUUCCUGCUCCUUUAACAUCAUUAAAACAUGGAAAGCAGGUCUGUGAAGAGCAGCUGUCUCAGAUUCCUGCUGCAGAUUCAGUCUGGAGGUGAACAAGUUUCACUUCCGUCCUCUGAGACUGAAGAAAUGUUGGUGGGUUGUUAUUAGAUGUGUGAACCAGGAAGUGAAGACACUUCCUCCAUGGUCUCUCAGCAGAGCGGAGCUGCUUCCAGACCACUCUGAACCUGAUCAUGGACCUGAUGACGAUGAUGAUGAUGGUGGUGGUUCUAGUCUGUGCAGAGACUGAGAAGGUGACGGAGGUCAGAGGAGAGCUGGGAACAGAUGUUACUUUAAACUGCAGCAUCAGGGAUGGAGACGUCUACUGGUCCAUGAUGGUCCACAGUCAGCUGAAAUGUGUUGGACGGAGUUUUUCUCCAACAACAGCCAGAUACUGCUCUCCUGAGUUAGAAACCAAAUAUUUAGUUCUGGGUAACAGACUGGAGAUUAAAAACGUGACAGCAGAGGACUGCAGGCUUUACUUCUGUAGCAGGAUGAUGGAGGACAACAUGGUCUCUGUGGACACUUUCCGUCUCAUCUCAGAUGUUCCCGUGACUCCAGAUGUUCCCGUGACUCCGACCACAGAGUCAGACCAUCACAGCUGGUCCAGCAACACAGAAACAUGUUGGUCUGAACCUGUUCUGCUGAGCUCGUUCAGUCUGAACGCCGUCCUGCUUUUCAUCAUCAUGGGUUUCCUUUGUGUGAAUCUGAGGAUGAAGAGCAGCCGCUGCAGGAUGAAGAACCCUCCAGAUUUCAGCCCUGAGAACCCAGAGAUGCUGGAGAACCUGCAGUGUGAGGAGAUCCACCUGCUCUCAUCUCCAGCUCUCUCCACAUGUGUUUACUACCAAGCUCAGCAUCCUUUACCUGGAUGCAGACCGACACACCUGGACAGGUGGAUGCCGGCUGAAGAAUAUGGAAGUUCUGGAGAGAAAACGGCUUCAUGAAGGAUUCCUGCUCCACCUUCUGUCAGAGGAUUUUGGUUUUAGUUGUUUUUAAGGGUGAAUUAAUAAAACCCAGAUACUUGAUGAGCAUUCAUUGAAUUAUCUUUAAGAUGUAUUUCAGAGAGUUAUGUUUCUUGGAUGGACUCUAAAAUGUGAACGGAUGGGACAUGAUCUUCAGCUUUUAACCAAACUGGUGUGAGACCAGUUUGUACUGGUUUAGGGUUAAAGAAGACUUUGUUUGUAAGGAGCAGUGAGCUGGUUUCUUUACAUUAAAAAUCAUGUUUGAUGGUGUUUUUUUUCACUUGAUUUUCCUUAGUAAUGUAUUUGUUUUAGACAUUGAGACACGCUGACUACAUGCAUGUUAAGUUAAAAACGAGAUCAUGUUGAACAUCAUGGUGGACGACAGCCUAUAAAGAACCACAUUUUUAUCUACCACAACCCCUUCCUUCCAGAGGGGCUGCAUUGCAUAUACCUGAAGUUAAACUGGCUCAGUGUCCUGGUUUUUCUUGUUGGCCCCUCCUCUCCUGCUCAUCUGAUUACCUGCCCGCCCUCAUAUGUUUCACCGGAGUCUCAUUAGUUUCCCUCAUGUAUGUGUAUAUAAGUUCCUCUCUUACCUUUAGACUCUGGUAGAAGGUCUUGUUGCUUAUUCUUCAGUGGUCCAGUGUUUGUCUAACAUUUGCUUUUUUAGAUCCUUGAGACUUCUUCAAGCUUUUGGACUUCCUCAGCUUUGGAUCAUCAUUAAAAGAACUUUUGUUCCAACCAGAACUGAGUCUGCAUUUUGAGUUCACUCCGUACCUUGUCAGACAGUCGUGAGUCAUCAGACAA